AUGUAUCGUCUAGCAAUGAGGACAUGGUUGGUGGUAAUCCUUGUAGUAGUUGGGACAAGCCUCUUCUUCGACACCGCUUCGGCCAGUCUCAUACACGGCACCUGUCGAGGCGUCAUGGGUAAUCGUGAGAUCUACGAGAAAGUUGUGCGCGUGUGUGAGGAUUGCACCAAUAUCUUCCGAAUGCCAGGGCUGGACGGCAUGUGCAGAGACCGGUGCUUCUACAACGAAUGGUUCCUGCUUUGCCUGAAGGCUGCCAACAGAGAGGACGAAAUCGAAAACUUCAGAGUGUGGAUCAGUAUCCUCAACGCCGGACAAUAG